AUGUCCGACCUCCCACUGAGAGGUCGGGGCGCGAGGCCCCCUGAGGCAGUUCCUAGGAGCCGUCGUGGGGGGGACUCGGGCUCCGCACCACCAGCAAUACCACCAUUGGUUGCUGGCUCAUCGUCUUUUGGUGGUGAUGCCUCGCCAAUCUCGCCAGACCCUACCUCAACUAGGGCCACAUACUCAACUGUUGUGCCAGCUCGAUCUCGCCACACGUCGCCCCGCUGCAGGUCCCGUUCCACCACGGGCUCCACCCAUUCGUCCGCAUAUGAGUCUGACUCAGGGACGGCCCACCCCCAGGAGAUGGAGGUAGAGGGCACUCAGGGAGGGGAGGAGGUCUCGAGGGACCCCUCCGUCGACCUUCUUCUAGGUCAAUACGCCUUGAAGUUCCGAGACACGGUCGAGGAUCUUCCUGGCGAUCUCGAGGCAUUGGAUGACCUCGGUCGCCCGGCCUCCCCGUCUCGCAUCCCCGCCUCUAAGAAGCGUAAGGGUGUCGAUCGUCCAGUCCCACCUCCUCCUCAGAAGAAGAGUAAGGUGGCCUACUCUCGCCCUGGUCUGCCUCCGCCAAUCAAUCGCGCCACCAAACCCAAGCCCCGUCCAACGACGUGGGCAGGGAUUGCCAAACAGGCCGCUCCGAUGCCUCCCCCACCUCCUGGCUUGGGACCGCAACGUCGUGGGCCUUCUCCUCCCCCCGCAUUCCCAACGGGUCCGAUGAAGACUUCACCUCAUCGCCUCCCAACGGGUACUCCGUUUGAGGUAGCACUCCCAUCAUCGACGUCCUUUAUAAAGAUCCUCAAUGUUCCCUACUUUGAUCUGAAGGGGUCAAAGAUCACCCAGGAGGCGCUUGAGAAAGCCCUCCGUGCCUUGGUCCACGCUGAGGUCUUCGCAUAUCUGAGCACCCAGCCUCGGAUUGACCGCAACUCAGCGCACUCGACAUUGUGCACCGUGUACUGCAACGUUUGGGACUCCCAGCAGGGAACCCACGCCAAGAAGGCCCUAGGCCAACCGAUCUUCCUUGCUGGGCGGUCCUGCGCUAUCAGGCCCACCGCGCGACACACCGGGGUUCCGGUAUGCCAGCGCUGCUGGAAGUGGGGCCACCCCACCAUCGCCUGCAAGGCGAAACAGCUCUCCUGCCCCAUCUGCUCGGGUCCGCAUGAGCAGAAGGAGCAAUGCCAACAUGCAGGAUGUUGCAAGGGCAACGCGAAAGCGAAGCCCACAAUGGCCGCUGUGUCAACUGCCACAAAGACCACACCGCCAACUCAGUUCUGGGCUCAUUGCUACGACCGUGAGUGGAUCAUGGCCGAGUAUCGUCAGGUACAUGAGCAUGCUGCUUGCCGCCAACUUACUAACCCCCGAACCUAG